AUGAAUUAUAUGAUUCAUCCUCAACCACAAUCUCUAGGUUCAAUUAUUACAUAUGAGAAUGAUGGUAGAAGUUCCAAUACUUUCAACACUCCAAAUAUUCCUUAUAUCCCAAAUAAUCCUAAUAAUCCUAAUAAUGAACGUGAUAAUUCUAAUGAACAUGAUAAUUCUAAUAAACUUAAUAUGCCUGGGAUCCUUGAUGCUUCUUUGACUCCAGAACAAUUAGAUUAUUCACAAUUUCUUUUCAAGGGAUUUAGGGAAUUGUCUGUUAUAAAAAAUGGAAGAAAACCACAACCAUUUCAAUAUUAUUUAUGUUUUGAUGUUGAAGCAACAUGUGAAGCAGGAACAGGAUUUGAUUUUAAACAUGAAAUUAUAGAAUUUCCAAUGUUGUUGAUUGAUAGUAGUACUUUUGAAAUUGUUGAUGUAUUUCAUUCCUAUGUCAAGCCAAGUGUUAAUCCAAUAUUAUCAGAUUUCUGUAUAAAAUUGACUGGAAUACCACAGACAACAAUAAAUACCAGUCCUUCAUUUCCUGAAAUGUUAUGCAAAUUUCAAGAAUUUUUACAUAGUCAUCAACUAUUUUAUAAAAAUUCAUGUGCUUUUAUGACAGAUGGCCCAUGGGAUAUUCGCGAUUUCAUAAGAAAACAAUGUUUCAUUUCUAAAAUAUCACGACCUUCAUAUUUCACACUUCCUUGGGUUGAUGUAAGACAAUUAUUUGCAUCUUUUUACCGGAUUGAAAAAUUAAACAUUUCUGGUAUGUUAGCAAAAUAUGGUUUAAAAUUUGAAGGACGUGAACAUUCCGGAAUUGAUGAUGCCAAGAAUUUGUCUAUAAUCGCUAAAAGAAUGUGGGAAGAUGGUGUCAUAUUCAAAACAAAUAGAAAUUUGAAUUGGGAAAUAAAGAAAAAAAAAGGAAAUGGUAAAAAAUUUUAA